CUUCCCCCUCUUUUCCCAAUUCAUUCAAUCAUUGAUCCAUCCAUUCAACUAACUUAUCCGACAACACGCGCGCAUCAGCACUGGGCAUCUUUCCGACUCUUACCCUCUCACACGGACGGCCCUUCUCCCUCCAAUCGGUCUUUCUUUGUUUUUCUGCCUUUCCUUUUCUUUUUCCCUUUUUGCUUUUUCUCUUUCCAUUUUUCUUAUCCAACGUGUAUGCUACUCGAUGAAACACUCAGUUCCGGACCUGGCGUCAUCUGCUAUGCUCAGUUCCAUCUCUGGCCCCCCUUCCACAUUUUCCUCCCCCUCCAUCCCCCCCCAAUGCCUUCCAUGCCUUUCAUGCCCCCAUCAUCCAUUCAUCCACCCAUCCAUUCCUUUCGUGCCCCUCGGAUCGUCCUCCCAGACUUGUUUUGGCUUUCUCCCGCCUGUCCCUUCAGCCUGCUGUCAUUACCAAAUGACCAUUUAGUUCUACCCUGCUUGGGAUACUUGCCUGCCUCAUUUCGGUCUGGUAAGCCCUGCGCAAACGAGAGUCGGGUUCACUGGACGUGCGGCUGGAAGUCAAACAAUCUCGAACCACGAGAUCGAUUCCGGCUGUGGUGUGAGUAUACAUACAGGCUCUGCCUCGCUAGUCUUUCGAGUUUUCCUUCUGCAUACCCAGCAAAUCCUCCCUAGACUACCCCGUGAUUGGGAGUUUCAGUGUCACAGCCGAGCUAUAAUCUGGUUCUGACUCGGGCAUCGAAGCGCGACCAGCGUUGUCCGGCUGAAACACAAAAAAAAACAGAUACCCAAGAGGCACUACUA